UAUGCAACCACGUGCUUAGUUUCCUUUAACUCCUCGAGAUUUCAGAAUCUCAAAUACUAAAUAAUAUGGUUGACUUUGAGAAUACAGGUACUAAUACUAUGAUCUGUUGAACAAGUAGUGGAAGGAGUUUUGGCUUGCGGAGACAUGGAGCUAAUGUACUAUUACAUUCCAGGUCUCUUCACCAUCCUCCUCUUCGUCUUUUUUAAAUCAAAACAGCAUACAUUGAAGAACCAACCUCCAAGCCCGCCUUCACGUCCACUUUUUGGCCACCUUCACCUAGUGAAAGAGCCAGUGAAUCGAACUCUACAUGCCCUUUCUGCCAGGUACGGUGACAUAUUACUCCUACGAUUUGGAGUUCGAAAGGCCCUUCUCUUAACCCACCUUCAGCUGUUGAAGAAUGUUUCACCAAACCGUCCUUUUCGCCUUGCAGCUAAACACCUCAGUUACAAUUACACCACUCUUAGUGUAGCUCCCUAUGGGGACCACUGGCGCAACCUUAGGCGCCUAGCUGCAACAGAGAUUUUUUCUCCUUCUCGCAUUGCUAUGUUCACAAACACACGGAGAAAGGAAGUAAUGUUGUUGUUGAGUGAACUCAUGAAGAAAUGUGAAGUUGGUGGAGGAUUCUGUAAGGUGGAUUUGAAGUCAAAGUUUAUUGAGCUUGCAUUCAAUACACUUUCCAUGACUAUUGCUGGAAAAAGGUAUUAUGGGGAGAACGUGGAGGAUGACGAAGAGGCAAGAAAAGUUCAGUUCAUAAUGAGAGAGAUGCUGGUGAUGAGUGGAAACUCAAAUUUAGGCGAUUUCUUGCCAUUUCUUCAAUGGUUUGAUUUCAAAGGCUUAGAGAAAAAGUUUUCGACUUUGAUGAAAAAGCUUGAUGGAUUUAUGCAGGAUCUGGUAGAUGAACGCCGUAGAGUUUUCUUGGCAGCAGAUUGUGUUGCUGAGAAGACAAUGAUUGAUCACUUGUUAUCUCUGCAACAAAAGGAACCUUCUUAUUAUACUGAUGAGCUCAUCAAAGGAAUUGUUAUGGUAUUGAUCAUAGCAGGGACAGAUACAAUGUCAAUAAGCAUGGAGUGGGCAAUGGCUCUUUUCUUAACCAUCCAGAAGCAAUCAAGAAGGUCAAAGCUGAGAUAGACACUCACAUGCCACAGGACCGACUACUAAACGAAGAAGAUGUUCCUAA